AUGCUCUGUCCCUGCAGCCCUCAGCGCCCCAACUGCUCCCACGGCCCGUGCGGGGCCCGGGGAAGCGGCGGAGGCGCGAGAUCCCGGGAUAACCCAGCGGGCCUGGCCGGGUAUCCCCCCGGCCCCCCCGCGCUCCCCUCGCCUGACCCGCGCCCGGAAUCUGCCCGCCACCACGGAGACACGGCCCGCCAAUCAGCGCGCACGCUCCCAUCGCCACGGCAAGCGCGCCGCAAUCCACGGCCGGCUCUCCGCCUGGCCCCGCCCCCUGCCCCGCUCCCGCGGGGCGGUGCCGGGCUCGUCAGGCGAUGUCACACCGGGUGCUCUGGCCGGGAGGCCAGCCACGCCGGCAGCUGGUACACGGCCUCAGGACCCCAGCUGAAUGCACAACUAGAAGGGUGGCUUUCUCAAGUACAGUCCACAAAAAGACCUGCAAGAGCCAUUAUUGCACCCCACGCAGGAUACACGUAUUGUGGAUCUUGUGCAGCCCAUGCUUACAAACAAGUGGAUCCUAAUAUCACCCGAAAAAUUUUCAUUCUUGGGCCUUCCCAUCACGUGCCCCUCUCCCGAUGUGCACUUUCCAGUGUGGACAUUUACAGGACACCUCUGUAUGAUCUCCGAAUUGACCAAAAGAUUUAUGGAGAAUUGUGGAAGACUGGAAUGUUUGAGCGUAUGUCCCUACAGACAGAUGAAGAUGAACACAGUAUUGAAAUGCAUUUGCCUUAUACUGCUAAAGCCAUGGAAAGCCAUAAGGAUGAGUUUACUAUUAUUCCUGUGUUGGUCGGAGCACUGAGUGAGUCAAAAGAGCAGGAAUUUGGAAAACUCUUCAGUAAAUACCUAGCUGAUCCUAGUAACCUCUUUGUGGUUUCUUCUGACUUUUGCCAUUGGGGUCAGAGGUUCCGUUACAGUUACUAUGAUGAAUCCCAAGGAGAAAUUUAUAGAUCCAUUGAGCACCUAGAUAAAAUGGGUAUGAGCAUUAUAGAGCAGCUAGAUCCUGUAUCUUUUAGCAAUUACUUGAAGAAAUACCAUAAUACAAUAUGUGGAAGACAUCCUAUUGGAGUGUUAUUAAAUGCUAUCAACGAGCUCCAGAAGAAUGGAAUGAAUAUGAGCUUUUCAUUUUUGAAUUACGCUCAGUCAAGCCAGUGUCGAAACUGGCAAGACAGCUCAGUGAGUUAUGCAGCUGGAGCACUUAUGGUCCACUGAACCACUGAAUGCUCAGGGAUGGCACCUGCACACACUCUGUAUACGGGGUCCCAGCCUAGCCCUUACAAAGAUACAGUCCCUGGUCUUUGGGUAUACUGAAACCUCAAACUAAUAGAACUCUGUUCUUUUCUAGUAGGUGUAGUCCUUCCUUAGUUUCAACUCAUUUAAAAAUGCUUUCUUGUUUAGGACAAUGGAAGGAAGGCUGGUAUAAGAACUUUUUGUGCUUUCUUUUUUUUGCCUUUUUUUUUCUUUUUUGUUUUUCGGGGAAGAGAUAAUGGCUAUGAAGGCAUGGUGGUAGACUGUCCUUACAAAUACAACAUAUAAAGCAUUUACCAUAUCCUAAAUUUGCACUCUUUGCAGACCUGUGCACAUAUACUCUGCUUUCAGAAUAGUUUUGCAAGUUGUAAACGGAAAAAGGGGGUGGAAGCUUUUUAAUAAAAGAAAAAAAAAAA